AUGGACGAAAAGAUGGAAUGGCGAGCCGAUUCUCAGUCCUCAUUGCUUCACGACGUCGGGUCGCCGCGCAGGCUGAAGACGAAUACGGUCACCGAUGAAGAAACAACUGAGCACGACGAUGAAGGAGAGGCGGAGCGACCUAGGAGAGGGAGCGCACGGAAGUUCAGCGAGGAGGCACCGACGCCAUCGAAGGCGACCAAGGAGGAGGACCAUCUACUGUCGCCCACGAACUUCCUCAAACGAAUGGUGCCCACCACGCCGAAGCCCUCUCUGCUCAAGGCCCCGACCGGCGUCAGUGGCAAGGCCGGCGACGACGAAGAGGAAGAGGACUCCAUGGAGAGCGUCUACUCCAUGUUCCUGGGCGACGACAAGAGGAGCCCGACGAGCGAACAGAAGGUGACAGCGCCCGUGGAGGUCGAGGUGGAGAGCAGCUCCGGCGAACACCUGUACAGCGACGAGGCCAGCGAGGAGCGGGGGAAGAAGGGAUCGUCGGACACGUCGGAGGUGGAGAUCAUCGAUGUGGACGCCCUGCCUGCGAGAAAGGGCGCUAGCAAGCGGAAGAAGGCGCAGACGAGGAGGGAGCCGGGGAAUAAGGCCGACGCUACGCCUGGCUUCAGGGGACGGAAGCGGCAGCGGACCACCAUCGCCGAUAUUCAGCAGGAGCUGGAGGAGAGGGACAACGACGCCGCUGUUAGCGGAAGCGCUUCGCGGUUCCGGUCGCGCCAGAGGGCAGUCGACCGGAGGAAGAGCGCCAGCACCGCCAAGCCGGAGGUGCGACCGCACUUUGACGCGGACGUCGACGACGACGACGAGUAUUCGACCGUCUUCGUGGGCGGCAGCAGCGAGGAGGAGCGAGAGGCCGAGCGGACGCGCAAGACGGACCGACGGCGGAAGGAGGCCGACGACCUGCGAGCCUUCCGCGUCUUGCUCAAGGAGGGCGCUAUCGACCCUCCGCAGGAUGAAGAGGGCGAUGCCACCGGCAACGAAUCGCAGCGGCCAGGCAAGCUACUCAGGGGCGAAGGGGAGACGCCGGGACGACCAACGCCGCUCCUGCGGCUGCCCUACGCCAUGGCUCCGGACGCGUUACGAGCCGGAGGAGAGCGGAAGGAGCGGAUUACCGAGUACGCUCGCGUGGAGGUGGUGCGCAAGAAGGACGAGCGUGCCGUGCUCCCAGGCCACGAGUGUGAAGAGUGUGCCAAGUUCUACGACGCCAUCCGAGAGGGCGGGCUCGAUUUCGACCGAAAGCUGUUUGUCAACAACUGUUCGCGCCAUCGCAGUGCCUACGCCGCCCCGGACACCCCGCCCCACUUCUGGGACCUCUCCUUCCCCGAGACCCAGCCCGGCACCCCGCCCCGCGACGAUGGCGCCCGACCUUGA